GUUACACUCGUUCAGCGCCUGCUGCACCACGAUGUGCGCGCAUUCGAUACAUGGCGGCCGUUGGAUCAACUUGGAUUAAUCAUAUCCGUUGAUUUGUUGUAGUAUACGGUGUACAGAGACCGACCGACUAUCGCUAUUAUAUGUAUAUGUAGGCGCGCGCACACGCAUAGGUACACAUGUAUAGAUCGAGUGUGCGCCAUCGUCGUUACAGUGCGUGAGAGUGUGUAUUGUGCGCCCGACUAUUAGUGUCAGUGUGUGCGUGUCCAACGUGUGUAUUAGCUUCGAACUUGAGCGAUUGUCGCCAGUAGCGAGCAGUGCGUCUCAUCGAAUAGACGUUUUAUACACUUAUAUCAUAUUAUUACUAUAUAGAGUAGAGGAGAGACAAUCGUGUGAGAAACCCGAGGUGUCUCGGUUUUGUGUUCUGCCAGUAGUAGUGCUUGUAAAGCGAGUUGGCAGCGCAAUAUCAACUAUCAACUAUCUCUCUGCCAGUGUGUGUGACCUGUGUCGCGAGUGACGACGAAGUUUUUCUAUACUAGAUUAUUAUAGCCAUAGCCGUGCGUGCCGAAAUUUCGACCAAAGGCUUUAAAGGCGCUCCUUGUAGUUAGUUUUUUUUUAAAUUAUAAUCACGACUAUUUCGUCCACACACACACACACACGAACUCGUCGAGAGGUGUGUGUGCGCAUGUGAGUGUGGAAAACUCGUGUAUAUGUGCGCAAAUCGUGUGUUCGUGCGAGUGUGACAUCCAAGUAACACAAUCAAGAGGAUAUAGCGGUCAACUGCCUGCGGUGCGUGCAGCUGUAGUAUUUUCUCUGCAGCACACACACACACACACACACACACACACACACGAGAGCUACCCUGCCAGCGUAAGCAGCAGCAUUAGCCUGCUAGACUUGCUGCCCCAAUAUAAAAAUACAUAAUAACCGCCGUCCAAGUUCCAACGUCCUUUUCUUUUAAAAAAAGAAAAAACAAGAACCGCCGUGAACUGUUCAGCAAUAAUAUUAUAGCGAACGUGACACGCACUCUCUGCGCUCAUUCUGACGUUGGUUUAAAGAAGAAGAAGAAGUUUAAAGGGCUCAAUCGUCGCGCACGCAUACGUCCGCAUAUAAUAUAAUACAGCAAAAGAGUGUCUCUGCGCUCUCUUUCUCUCUCUCUCUCUCUCUCCUCGCUCGCUCUCUCGGUGUGCUGUUAUUUUGUAUGCCUCUGCGCUCCGAAACGUCGCAGCGUAUACAUAUAGUUAUAUAUUUAAUAUAUAUACCCACACGUUCACAUUCACACACAUAUCCGAGUUCUCUUCUCUCGUCUCUCUCUCUCUCUCUCUAUAGAUAGAGUCUCAUAGUUCAUCCAUUCGCCUCGAGCAGAGCGAGAGACAGACUGUGUGCCUCACACAACAAGUGUGUGCGGCAGAGAUCAUUCGAGCGACGUCUCUAUAUAAACCGUCGUGUGUCUUCCUUCUGCCUUGGUUGUGCGUCUCGCCAAGAGACAGAUAAAGCGAGAAGGAGAGAAGACGACGAGAUAGAUUGUAUAAUAAUAGAAGACGUUUAAGUGCAGUGCAGUGUGCAUGAAAUGGAUCUGCUGACAGAGCUGAGGGUGCCGACGCGCUCGGCUCCGAGACCACCUGAUCUAACCUCCUCCACCUCUUCUGCUGCCGCUGCCGCCGCCAUCACUUCGCCCCCGAGGAACAAUGACAUGUGGUCUGGAAUCGAUCCAUUCAGUCCAAUAAUGACGGUGAAUCAGAAGAAAAAGCCACCGCCAAGGCCACCACCGCCAAAAUUCACCAUACGCAGCAAUAAUACUCCCCAAGACAAACCAAAGAAUAAGCCCACAAGGCCAACGGAACUGAUAACGAAUCUCUUCGGUCGUCGCGGCUCCAAGUCAUCGUCGUCGUCGGUAUCGUCGACCACUACCGUACAGAAUUAUGGCACGACCAUCCGCAACGCGUUUCCGACGACGACGAAGCAGCAUCAGUCGCAACAACCGUCGUUGUUCAACGACACUCACAGCAGUAGCAACAGCAACAGCAACGGUCCGAUCAGCAUGUGUCUGAUAGAUCUGAGCCCGCCCGGUUCGCCGACGCCCUCGUCGACGACCCGAUCGAGCAGCGACGGUGUGAGCGUGGACAGCUUUGGCAGCGACGGCAACUCCAAUCCGUCGGCCUUUACCAGCGGCAGUAGCGCUUGCAGUGCGUUCGAGGACGACUUUGACUUUUUUGGCAAUCUCUCGGUCAAUGGCAAGAAGCCGAAUAAUCAUCUGUCGGCUGCGGCGACGACGACUGCAAGCAACGACCCGUGGAAAGUCAGCUGCACCCAAGACCCCUUCGGCUCGUUCGACGCCUUCGCCAGCUCUUCCUUCUCAUCGUCAACACAAUACCAGCAGCAGCAGCAACAGCAGACACAGCAGCAGCAGCAGUGGUCGACUGCGUCCUCUACUACGUCCUCCAUAUUGCAGCAACAAACACAGAUCAAGGAAAUCGGCGAAUCGAAUUUCUUCGCGUUCAACGACAUCAACACGACGUCGUCGUCGACGAGCUUGUUCGACUCUGCUCCAGUUACCGCGGCUGCACCUUCGUCGCGGCCGACGUCCUCCUCCUCGUCGACUUCGCCGACCGAGGCGACCGCCAAGUCGAAUUUUGUCAUGCCCACGAUAAUUCGAGCUAAGAAGCCAAGCAGCAACAAAGAACCGCCACCCAAACCGGCUCAGCCGCCAGCUCUGUCGGUGAGCAAGUACUCGAGCGCACCUAGAUUGACUCCAGUGAGCGACGACAAUAAACCCGGCUGGGCCGAGGAUGCGUCGCCGCCGAUGCCAAAGUUGCCGCCUCCACCGCCACCGCCUGAGUACAUGGCCAGCUUGGAGGAUGGUUUAGUGGAAAAUUUCGAGCGUCCGUACGGCGUAGCUCUGUACAAUUUCCCAGCGUCGCAGCCUGGCGAUUUGGAGUUGAAAGAGGGCGACGUCGUUUACUUGACCAAGGCCGUCAACGACGACUGGAUGGAAGGCUGCGUGGGCGUUACCGAGGGUAUCUUCCCGGCCAAUUUCAUCGACGUCAAAGUUCCGCUGCCCGGCUGCGAUAGUCACGUCGUCAAUGCGCUCUACGAUUUCAACGCGGAAACCUUCGACGAUUUAUCGUUUAAGGAAGGAGCUACGAUUAAAGUUUUAUCCAGAAUAUCAGAUGAGUGGUUGUAUGGAGAGUGUAACGGAGAAAAGGGUCAGUUCCCAGCAAAUUUCGUUGACAGAAUACCGAGCGACUUUGCCGCUCACUUAUGAGAUUCAUUAGUGCAGUUAAUAAUCUGGCAACAACUGACUGAUCGUCGUACAAGACUGUUCGGCUUUAUUUUUAAGCGAGUGGUCUUUGAUUAUUUAUAAUUUCGUGGUAUUAAGUGCAUAAUAACGAUAAUCGUAACAUCAAUUUUUGUACAAACGUAUUUGCCUAUCUUCGUAGCGCUUUGUUCUAAUAUAGCAAACAAAAAUCUCAUAAAAAUCGUAACUAUAAGAAAGACUAUAUUUAUAAAAGUAAGCUGACACUGCUGGCAAGAAAGUGAGUGCACUCGUCAAAAUUACCAACUUGUAUAUAAUCGUGGUUUUUUGUGCUUGAUAAGAAAUUUAUUGUUUUCCUGUGUCAUUUUGUAAAAAGUAUUGUACAUUUGUAGAGAAAUCUCAUUUAUUUUCAAAAACUUUGGCGUUUAACGAUGCAAUAAAUGAACGGUUAAUUAUGAA